UCCCUCACACACACACACACGCACGAACGUGCAUGUAGACGGAGCAGACGAAAUAGUUUAAUCUUAAAAUGUGACGUUUUUUAUGACGUCUUUUUUGUUGUUUAUAUUCUUGCCUGUCGUCACUUCCGAUUCUUUCUUUCGCCAGAAGCCAUCUUGUCAUCGCUGGUUCCUCCUCCCGGGCUGAAAGCGGCACCGCUCGCAGACUUUACUUGUUCUGAGCCAGGCUCAUAGGAGGAGUCCUCAACCGCCCUUAUCCUGACACGCGGUGACCUGAAUUAUGCUUUCUUUGUGUGCCUCCAUCAUCAUUGUCAGUCUUCCUUCAGUCGCAGCACUCAUACUCUUUGGCUUGAACUAGGUGUUACUAUGGCCAGGCAAGAGUGAUUUAUUUCCUGAAAUUUUUAUUUUGAGCAUUUACUGCAUUUAUGAUUGCAUUAUCAAGGAUACUCUCUACUGCUUGCUACAAAUGUAUGUGAAGUGCAGUAAGUAAAUAAGCGUCUCCCGUUCAGCAGAAUUAAAGUCUAUUCUUGCACGCCCAUUCUUCGUCCCGUAUCUAUCCACCUGGACAGCCAUAUCUAUCCACCUCGACAGCCAUAUCUAUCCACCUGGACAGCCAUAUCUAUCCAUCUGGACAGCCAUAUCUAUCCAUCUGAAGUCGUUCCUGUUGCCGUGCUAAAUGACAGCGAAGGAUAGAGAGUUCUUCAAUCCUUUUAAACGUUUCUUGCUCAGCAGACUUUAGUUUGGUUCCCUGACUUACAUCCCGGACGUCGCAAGCCUGAAGCAUCUGCCGCGUGAUGGCGCUCCAGCGGUAUCCCGCGUACUCUGCCGGCUUCAAUGCACGCGGCAAGAGUCCGGGGAUGAACACCAUUCAUCGGGAGGUCAUCGACAUUCAUCAGAAUGAGCUUGUCGAGACUAUGGAGACGCGCACCGUUGUGCGGGAGCUGCUGACGCAGGGCAUGCUGGGAGAUUUUCACUGUCAGCAGCUGGAGUACGUGUACCCAGAAGGACGAAUAGUGGCUAAUCGUCUUCUUCUGGCCUUUGUCCGCAAGCAGGGCUCGGCAGGGUACCACGCUCUCCUCAGAGCACUGGCCGUCUGUGACGCGACGGGUGUCGUCGCUAAAAUGAUCCACACAGAGAAGGAAGUGUGCAAGGUUCUGGGCACUGAUUACAAUUCCCAGACGUGGUGUUGCAGAGAUGGCCCAGCCUCAGUAGCGCCCUGCGACACCAUGUGUCGUGCAGGCAGCAGUGCCCAGUGCACUCAAUGCCUCAGUGAGCUCGAGACAAAAGUCAACGUGCUAAUGCACCUGCUCCGCAACCCCAUGUUUAAUCCUGGCUCCCAGACCGAUUCUGACCAGCAGUUAGCAGCCCUUGAGAGGGAGGUGGACGAGCUGGAAAUGACACUGGAAAAGCUGAGGCCGCCGACGACAAGUGGCGGCCAGGACACAGACGCCAACAAGGGUAAAGCUGGCGUCUCUGACACCGAAGAACCGGCCAAAGAGAAAGCUGUAGUUGCUGUAGACAAAGAGAAGGCUGUAGUUGCUGGAGACAAAGAGAAGGCUGUAGUUGCUGGAGACCUCGAUCAGAGGAUGACCCGUGUGGAGAAGCUUCUGGGCCUGGGGCCGGGCGUCUCGGACUUCGCAGGCCAGAGUUCUCCUAGUUCUGACAGAGAGCAACGGCUGAAUAAGCUGGAGGAGAAGGUCGCCAGGAUGAAGGUGCUCGCGAAGUCGCUGGUGAAAAACCCCCCAUCGUCCAGCGCCAAUGAGUCAAAGAGUGCGGAUAAAGAUUGUGAGGAAAAACCUGCUCAAUAUGGCCUCUAGCUAAGACAACAAGAAAGGUUAAUAAUACCGUUUUCAGAAGAAAGAAUCGGCACCAUACUCUCGCCGGUGCUAGCAGAUGAGAGGUGGAAAGAAAGACCUACUAAAGUCGUGGUCAUUUCCUUCUACGAGAUGGCUCGUGGUUCAUGCUUCCGGCCAUGCGCAGUAAGGCAGCGUCGGCACAAAAGGGAGUGUACUCUGGUAGUCGAUUAUCGUUCCUGUGAAAAAAAAAAAUGUUUUCAAUACGGGGUUUGAGAUGGCUAAACAAUUUUAAUAAUGCCCCAUGCAGACUAUCAGGUCUUGCGCCACUCGACACCUUUGAAUGUUACCGAGGCGACGCCAAUUAUGAAAACUUCUUUUUCCCUCAGUAGACGUUAGUUUGAAGACACUAAACAGGUGCAAAUCAAAGAAAUAAAUGAAAGGAAAACGAAA